ACCUCCUCCAUCACCUGUUGGACAAGUCUCCAGACCUGAACUGUCACCAUCAGCUCUUGGAGGAAAAGAAGAAGAAAAGAAGAAAACACCUGAGAAGAAAGUAGCUUCUGAAAGUAAGAAGGAAAAGGAAGAUGUCAAGAAGAAAACUUCUGAAAAGGAAGCUGUACUUGAGGUUAAAAAAAAAAGAGUCUGGGAAAGCUCCUGAAGCCAAACAAGGGACUAUAAAAGUGGCUGCACAAGCAGCAUCCAAAAAAGAAGAAAAGAAGGAAGGCUCUAAGAUAACGAAGACAGCAGACGCAGAGCGUUCCAAGGAAAAAAAACAGGAAAAGAAAGACAAACAUGUGGAAUCAGCAAAAUCAACAAAGAAAGAAGCUUCAGCUCUGAGUGAAAAACAAGUAAAAUCAAGAACUGAACGAAGCAAAGCAGAGGUUGCUGCUGCCUCAACAAAAAAAGCAACCACAGGAAAGAAGGAAGAAAAAUCAAGCAAGGCAGCCGAGCAAGAAGCUUCAAAAGAAAAAGGUGGGAAGACUGCUUCUGGCCUGAAAGAAAAAGAGACUACUAAAGGGAAAGAAGUAAAGGCUGCAACUUUCCUAAAAGACAAAGAACCUGAGGUUAAAAAAGAGAAGACACCUAAACCAGGAAUGGAAGCUAAAAAAGAAGAGAAGACACCUAAACCAGAAGCCCAUGCUAAGAAAGAAGAAAAACCAGCCAAACCAGCUACACAGAAAGAAGAAAAACCAGCCAAACCAGCUACACAGAAAGAAGAAAAGCCCAUAAAGCCAGCUACACAGAAAGAAGAAAAACCAGCCAAACUGGGUAUACAGAAAGAAGAAAAACCAGCAAAACCAGGUGCACAGAAAGAAGAAAAGCCCAUAAAACCAGCUACACAGAAAGAAGAAAAACCAGCAAAACCAGGUGCACAGAAAGAAGAAAAAACAGCCAAACCAGCUGCUCCAGACAAGACUAAAGCAUACAUACCCGAGGCUAAGAAAGAAGAAAAACCAACAAAACCAGCUGCUUCAGACAAGACUCAAAUAUACAAACAAGAUACCACAAAACUGGAAAAAUCUGUUUCUCAAUUUAAAUCAGAGGAAAAAAAUAUCAAGCAGGUAAAAGCCACUACAAUUGACAAAACAGUCUCCAUAGCCAAGCCCAAAUCAACAAAACAAACUGAACAUCAAAUAAAAGAAACAUCAGCUGCAAAAGCAGUGGUUGCAGAGAUCAAAGAAUCAGACAUGAAAAAAAUGGAAAAACCUGAAAAAGGAAGCAAAGAAAGAACAGCUCCAAAGAAGCAGCUGAAAGAGCACAAAGAGGUCUUUGAUGAAGUGCCAUCUUCAAAGAAAUCAAAAGAGGAAACUGAAGACAUGACUUCCAUGAAGAAAGAAAAAACUCCCAUCAGUUUCUUCCAGUGUGUCUACUUGGAUGGGUACAAUGGAUAUGGAUUCCAAUUCCCUGUCACACCAGCGCACCAAUCUGGGAGUUCCAGUCACGCAAAGUCACCAGGACAGAAGCAACAAGGACAAUAGGCAUGCAUGUAUGGUCCUAUGAGUUCGUCAGAUUCUGAGUGUUAGAUCUUCCCAUAUGAUCCAUCAGAGUACUACCAGUGUGACCCACUGGUUCAUUUGUAUUUGAAAACAUUUUAUUUCCUCACCUGUUCUUUUGAGAAAUUAUGGACAAGGUUACUAAGUAGGCAUAUUGAAGCACCUCUUGUGUGAUUUUUGUUGGCGUGUGUGCAUUUAAUUGCCUCUACAAUUCUACUUCCUUUGCCCUGGAGUACAGGUUUUUCUGUAACAUGGACAAAUUUUCAAGGCUAUGUAAACCUAAGCUUUGAGACACUCAUUAAGGUGGAGCUAGGUAGCUUAACCUUGUUUACACGUAUUUAUAUUUAAGGUGUGGCGGCUGAACCAGGCCAUCUUUACUACACCAUUCUGUUUAAGAUCCUCAUGUGUCUUUUUCAGUGCUCAAAGAAAACAGUAAAUAUGCUAUAUAAUACAAUCCAACAAACACUUAUUAAGUACCUACUGUAUGCUAUGAGCACUGUGCUAGGUAAUGAGGAUACAGAGACAAAUAUGAAACAGUCCUUGUCUUCAAGGAGUUUACAUUCACUGCCUAAUAAGCCUAUCUACAGUUUAAAUUAUGCCAUAUUCAUUUGCAGCACUGCAUAAUUCAUUUGGACAGUACUGGUGCAUUGUUUGUUUACUGUUUUUAGCAAACACAAGGUAACAUUUUCAGAUAUCUUCAGACAGCACUAUAUAACAGCAAAAAAAACCACGAAAAAAUGGCAGAAACUUCAUAAUAAUCACUGAGAAUAGGUAAUAUAUGGGCAAACAUAUUUUCAUUCACUUUGAUAAAUCCUUUCUGAGGAGUUUGUUUUCUCAAAGUGGAAAAUCUUUGAAUGUCAGCAAAGAAGGAAGAAAGCCCUUCAGAUAGAAGUGCUACUCCUUGAACAUUUUAUUUUUUUUUUCUAGACAGUCAAUCGUCAGUGCUAGGGAAAGGGAUAACAUGACUUUGAACCUCAUGAGAGUGUUUCACUAGAAAUGGGAUGUUGAUGGUUGUGCUCCUUUUUGGCCUCCCUAGAGCUGUAAAUACCAAUGUUUCUUGACCACAUUUCUCCAUGGACUGUAAAAUCCAUAUAGCUCUGACCUUCAUAACACUUAAGGUUGCUAUCUGAUUUAUGACAAAGUAACUCAGAAAAUAGAGUGAUUCUUGCUAUAAUUUAACUUUAUUUCAAAGGUGUGAGGCAGACAGAAUCAACACUAGAUGAAGCAAACCAUUGACUUUCGUGCGAUAAGAUGAUUGUAGUCCUAUAGGUCAGGAAACUAAAGUUUAAUUUACAAUCAAGUCAUUAAGCAAGCAUCUUAUUCAUUGCCAUUGAUAAUUAUUCUAUGAAUAAUUUAGUGGUCUUAAACCAAAUGAUAAAAUAGUAACACCCCAAAUGUCACUGUUACAACUAAUCAGUCUUGAUUACACACUCCUUAUAAUGGGGCCCAGAUUAGGCCAGUUCAAAUUUAAGUUGACUUUCACAUUAAAGAGUAGUCAGUUCCUCCAUGGUAGAAUUGAAGUAUGUGGAUGAAACAGUGUGUGAUAUUUACUCUGUAAAUGCUUAUGUCAUACCUGUUUCAUGGAUAAAUAGAAGAACUUAGUGCUAAUUAUAUAGUACUUUAACCUCUAAGGCUUCAAAAUACAGCAUGGGCUACUGGAUCCCAGGGGAGUAGGGUUCUCUUUUCAGUGCUGCCUGAGAUAAAUCACUCUAUCUUCCUACCUCACUUCUCAAUCUAUAAAAUGGGGAAAUAAGAAUGUUACCAUGGUAUUUCCCCAAAGAGAUUACAGUGAAUAUACUGAAAUAUUUGUGAAGUACUUUGACUAUCUUAAAUGAGAACUCAUUGUAAUAAGAAAUUAAAAUACUACUAAUUUUUUUUUUACUAAAAUGGGUAUUCUCCAACUAUUUUUCCAUAUUGCCCUUAGGUAGGUCUUUCAUUCUUAUCCUGGUAUUCAUUUGUAAUUUUUAAAUAGACUAGCUUAAAGGUUUGCAUGACUAGAAUUUUGAUGAAUAUAUACAACAGGAAUUUAUUAAGUGAUUUCUAUGUGUAAAGAACUGAGUUAGGGGCUGGGAAUACAAAUAGAAAAGUAAGACAUCCCCUGCUUUCAAGGAGUUCACAUUCAAACAGGGCAGAGAACACAUGGAAAGUUUCAAUAUCAAGCUAGAUAAAAAGAUUGCAUGGUCUUUGGAGUAAAUAGGCAACACAAAUUUAAUGAACUAAUUACACUGGAUAUAUGAUUUAUAAUGAAUCAAAAGUAUCUCUACCCAUCAUAUUUAAUUUUAUGUGAUUUGAGCUAUCAUAGUGAAAUUAUUUUUGACAAUGUAAAUUAUGUCAUCUCUUGAUAUGCUUUCUUUGAAUAAAUGUUUAGUAGUGCCUUUUGA